UUAGUUUAUGUGCUGUUACUUCGAUCUGUGAAAUGACUGCUCAGUGCGGGUGACAGUGACAGCUGAAGUGGAGCUCGGAAUAUUUCAGGCUGUCCAGAUUUUUGUGUGUCAACUUUAAGAGCUAAGUGCUGGCCUGCUGAAAGCGCGACCGACACACAAAGGCGCACAUCGCGAUGGAGGUCAACAAAGAUGAAUCGAAGCGGUGCAUUGACAUUGCGGUCACUGCGUUCAGGGCCGGCAACGUUGAGAAGGCUGAAAAAUUCCUGGAGAAAUCUCUCCGACUGUACCCCACUAAGGAGGCAGAGGUUCUGCUAAGACGCAUUCGAAAUGCCACCUCUGGCGCUGGUGCGGCAAAAAGUGGGACGACGCGAUCAGAAGAAUCGACCGCUCGUCGCAGGGCGGCGAACAGGGAGAAUGAAAAACCGCAGGAACCGAAGCUAAACGUUGACUACACCCAGGAACAGCUGGACGUGGUGAAGAGAAUCCAGAAAUGUAAGGAUUAUUAUGAAGUAUUAGGGGUUACUAAGGAAGCUACUGAUUCAGAGGUUAAGAAAGCAUACAAAAAGCUAGCGUUGCAGCUUCAUCCAGAUAAGAACAAAGCUCCCGGUUCUGUAGAAGCAUUUAAAUCGUUGGGUAAUGCGGUGGCAGUUUUGACUGAUGCUCAGAAGCGGAAAGAAUACGAUUUGUAUAGGAAUCAAGACGGUACUAGUAACUAUCAUUCCAAUCAUUCAAAUGGUGGUGGAUACAAUCAUCACCACGAGUACAGCUUCGGACGUAGCUUCGAGUCGGACAUCAACCCCAAUGAUCUCUUUAACAUGUUCUUCGGUGGAGGCUUUCCACCGCAGCAGACUCGUGGAAGAACGCGGCAAUCUCAAGAGCCCCCUUCAACUCAACCAAGCCUGAUAAUCGCCAUGGUAGUGACUUUCAUUGUUGUAACACUGUUGUCGACGUAUUUGUCGUCGGGUCCAAUGUACAGUCUACAGCAAACUGUCACAUACUCGGUGGAACGUCGAACACUAAACUUGAAAAUUCCAUACUACGUGAAGCAUAACUUUGUCAGCGAGUACCAGGGUUCUCUGAGUCGGUUAGAGCACUCGGUAGAGGAGGAAUACAUUCUGUAUAUGAAACGCACUUGCUACAAUGAACGGAACUAUCGGGAUGCGAUGAUGGCUCGAGCUAAAAGCUUUGGCAGCCGAACCCAGCUGAAUCAAGCCCAACAGCUUAAGAUGCCUUCCUGUGAUGCUCUGUACAAGCUGGGCAUCGGAAGGGUAAACUACUAAACCAAUUCUUGGGAGUAAUAAAUUAGACGCAUAGUAUUUAUUUGUUGUUUGCUGCGAUGUAAGGGAUGUUUAGUCAAGGUUUUUAUCACGAUGUAGUGUCGUACCAGUGGCCACUUUCAUAUUGGAACGUCAUAGUUUUAUCAAAUACUUUAUGGUCGGAAGAUAUUCCCAUUCCUUAAUGGCAAAUAAUAAACUAAUUUUGUUGCAGGAUAAUAUAGUAAUCUCAAGUAAAACUUGUUUUAAAAUAAACGGCAUUUCAUUACUCAAAAAA